CAGACACCACCGAAGAAAAUAUUGGUCUAACGCGACAAAAAGAAGAAGAAACUGGGUCAAUCAUAUCAAAAAAUGUUAAUUGCAUUUUUUAUUAAUACAGUCCGUGUUUGGACGGUUUGAUCAUCUAAAGCCCUAGAUCAUAACAGUCUAGUCUGUGAUUUUUUUUUAUAAUUCGUUCGUUCUGUGAAGUCGUUUUUCCCGUCAUUACAUUGCUCCUAUUGAAGCGUUACCCUUGUUCUCGUUGUUGGACAUUAUCGUUCAACUUCAUCGAUCGACGUUUUUGGCAACAAAUAUGCCACUAGGCUUAAAACCAUGCUGCAGUAUUUGCAAGACGAACUCGUCGUCGAUGUGGAAGAAGGGGAGUCAAGGGGAGAUACUGUGCAACAACUGCACAGGGAAGAGUAGCAGCGGUGGAGCAUCGGGACCCUCCGUGUCCUCUAGCACAACACAGAAUAAUGGCGGUGGGAAGCAGUCCAAGCAGGAGAUUCACAGGAGAUCAGCCCGGUUGAGAAGCACCAAAUAUAAGGCUCCUGCCUCUGAGAAGAAAGUGUCGACGAAGGGAAAAGGGAGAAGACACAUAUUCAAACUGAAAAAUCCGAUUAAAGCACCAGAAUCUGUAGCCACAAUCAUCACAUCUGAAUCUGUUUUUUACAAGGGUGUAUAUUACCAGAUAGGAGAUGUAAUCAAGGUAAUGGAUGAGGAAGAUGGGAAACCGUACUAUGCCCAGAUCCGCGGCUUCGUCCAGGAUCAGUAUUGUGAGAAGAGCGCUGCACUGACCUGGCUCCUCCCCACCCAGGCUAGUCCGAAGGACCAAUUUGAUCCUGGAACGUACAUUGUUGGUCCAGAAGAGGAUCUGCCCAGAAAGAUGGAGUACCUGGAGUUUGUGUGUCAUGCCCCAUCUGAGUACUUCAAGUCGCGGAGCUCACCGUUCCCUACCAUUCCCAUCCGACCAGAGAAAGGGUACAUCUGGACCCACAUAGGACCAACACCAGCUACUGCUGUCAAGGAAUCAGUUGGAGGCAGCAGUUAGCAGGGAUACAAUUUUGACUUUGUCUGCUGAACUGUAGGCGGACACAUGUACAUUUGUGUAAUAUAAUAGAGGGAAGAUGGCUGUGUAAAACACAGCUGGUAUAUUUGAUGGACGAAACUAAUUUGUCAUACAACUGAAUGUAAACAGCACAUUCGAACAGGAUAAAGUGCUGUUUACACGUCCCAAGCACCGAAAUAGUACUUUUGUAUCUGGUAAUAAACAUAUUGUG